CAUUUUAAAGAUAAACUACCGCAGAAGUCAAUUUAUCCCUUAUGUUGUCCGUAUGCCUUAAUGCUAUAACUUCUUAGGUUGUUUCGCUGGAAUAAUUAGACCUGGGAACUUUACUCGAAACAGUUUCUUUCUUCAAAACAUGCAACAGUUAGCAGGAGCGGACGCUAGCUAGCAGCAGCUAGCCACUGGUAGCGUCACCGCUUUCCGUCAUAAUUUAUGUGAGUUGUUUUCAGUUAUUUCACUGCUCUGUGAAGGCAGAAAUUGCUGUUAGCAAAACCGACCUAAUGUCCUAAAUACGCGCUUUUCUUUAUUUUCGUCGAAAACUCGGCGUUUUUCAUCAAAGAACGGUAGUUCGCGGUGGCUAACUGUACCUUUGUAACUUCACGGGAACUCGAGCUGAGCUAAAGCAACGUGUCUCAUUUCCGCAUUCAUUUGUUCGCGGAGAGCCAGGGCCAUGUUGAAGAUGUCUGGCCCGAAGAUCUGAUGUUGAUUCAAUCAGAGACCUCAGUAGCGCCUAAUCUUAUCGGGCCGCCUAGACGCCACUGAGUUGUACCCUCUGGGAUCCGGCUACGUCCCUGAAAUUGACAGUGUCCAUGAUAUAUCCGUUGGCACAAAGAGGGGAUCAGACGAACUCUUUUCUUCUUGCAUAUCCAACGGACCCUAUAUCAUGAACUCAGCCAGUGGCAACGACAGCAAAAAAUUCAAAGGUGAUGUCCGCAGUCCUGGUGUUCCGUCACGUGUGGUCCAUGUACGCAAGCUUCCCAACGACAUCAAUGAGGCUGAAGUUAUAAGCCUGGGACUGCCUUUUGGAAAGGUCACGAAUCUGCUGAUGCUGAAAGGCAAAAACCAGGCCUUCCUGGAACUCAACAGUGAAGAGUGUGCACAGACGAUGGUGAGCUACUACUCUUCUGUCACCCCCGUCAUCAGAAACCAUCCCAUCUACAUGCAGUACUCCACUCAUAAGGAGCUCAAGACGGACAACUCUCCAAACCAAGUGCGUGCCCAAGCAGCUCUGCAGGCAGUCAACGCCCUCCAUGGAGGUGGAAUAGGAAGUGUGGCUAUUUCUUCAGAUGCUAGCAGCAUGGCGGGAGGAGUAGCCCAAAGUCCUGUCCUCAGGGUCAUCGUGGAAAAUCUAUUCUACCCCGUCACCCUGGAUGUUCUACACCAGAUCUUUUCGAAGUUCGGUACAGUACUGAAAAUCAUCACUUUCACCAAGAACAACCAGUUUCAGGCUCUGAUCCAGUAUGCUGACGCCAUGACAGCUCAGCACGCUAAACUGUCCCUUGAUGGCCAGAACAUCUACAACGCUUGCUGCACCCUGAGAAUCAGCUUCUCCAAGCUCACCAGCCUCAAUGUCAAAUACAACAAUGACAAGAGCAGAGAUUACACCCGCCCAGACCUGCCCACUGCUGAUUCACAGCCCAGCAUUGACCAUCAGGCCAUGGCAGCAGCUGCUUUUUCUGCUCCAGGUAUAAUCUCAGCCUCUCCCUUUGGAGCUCAUGCCUUCCCACCAACCUUUGCCAUCCAGCAGGCAGGUCUGUCAGUUCCUGGUAUCCCCGGUGCCUUGGCGUCUCUGGGUGUGGGUCACAGCAGCAUGGCAGCUGCGGCAGCAGCAGCAAGCCGGCUUGGCCUGUCAGGGCUUGCUGCUGCCGGGGGACAUAACGUCCUGUUGGUCAGCAACCUGAACCCCGAGAGCGUUACGCCACACUGCCUCUUUAUUCUUUUCGGUGUGUAUGGCGAUGUGAUGAGAGUGAAGAUCUUGUUUAAUAAAAAGGAGAACGCUCUCGUCCAGAUGUCUGAUGGUACCCAGGCUCAGCUCGCAAUGAGCCACUUGAACGGCCAGCGUCUUCAUGGCAGGGCCAUGCGUGUAACGUUGUCCAAACACACAACAGUUCAGCUGCCCAGAGAAGGCCACGAGGACCAGGGCCUCACCAAGGAUUUCAGCAACUCGCCUCUGCAUCGUUUCAAGAAACCUGGCUCCAAAAACUACUCCAACAUUUUCCCACCCUCUGCAACUCUCCACCUCUCCAACAUACCGCCUUCUGUGGUCGAGGAUGAUCUGAAGAGACUAUUUGCCAGCUCAGGAGCUACAGUCAAGGCCUUCAAGUUCUUUCAGAAGGACCGCAAAAUGGCCCUGAUCCAGAUGGGCUCAGUCGAGGAGGCAAUCGAGUGCCUGAUUGAGUUCCACAACCAUGAUCUUGGGGAGAACCAUCACCUCCGAGUGUCCUUCUCAAAGUCCACCAUCUGAGUGCCUUCCACCCCCCUUCUGCUGCCAUCUGAAUGCUUCUGUUCUCUAGGUUGCCUUCAGUGAAAAUGGCCUUCAUAUCAUGUUUAUAGUGGUGUGGUUUAGUUUAUUUUCCCCCCUCUGUUGGAGAAUGUUGCUCAUUUAUCCUGUUUUCUGGGUUUGGGUAUCGGGUCCAGACCCUUCCUGUCCUCGUGUUCUGUUCCAGCUCCAAAGACCCUAAAAGAUCUAAAAACAGAGCAAGUUCAGGUUCUGAUUCAUGUUUCAUAUGGAGGACAGAAGGUUGUCGUCAGCAUUCCUUUGUACCAUGCACAUAAUAUAGUGUAGACUUGUUUACAUCUGCCUAUUUGUUGUUCAGAUUUGAGAGCAAAACUGUGUUUUUAUGUUUUCCUGCUCAGCAUUGGACACGGCUUCUGAGGAAUUCUGGUAAAUGAGCAACGUUCUACAGUGAAACGUGUUAAAGUAGAGGCAGCUUUCCCUCAGACCAAAUCGCUUCAAAACGCCCACAAACGCAGAUCGCGCCAGACGCAACUCGGCGUGCCUUUUACUGCGUUGUUCAAACGUCCACAUAGGCCUUUUUAAAAGCCACUUAGAUCCAGUUUGGCCAGUCGGAAACGGUUAAAGAUGAAGAAUCUUUUGGUUUGAAACAUCAACCUAUUUUAUCUAAUUAGUACCCACCUUUUAAUGUCUCCUCUCCUCUGUGGGGGUCCACACCACCAUAACUCAGAUCAGACACAUUUUUCUUUUCUCUACAGUCUCGUGCCUUACUUCACCUCGGCCAGCACGCUCUGGCCUCGUAAGAACUUACCUGCCUUUCUUCAGACCUAGGUAUUUACCAGCAUUGUUCAGUUUAGUGGGUUAAGCUCAUUCGAUCCCCUUUUCCUUUUUAUUUUCUAUAAAUAUCUUUGUUUUAUAUGCAUUUAUCCUGAUAUGUAUCUAGAAACUAUGAAUGUAAGUCAGUUAGAUGCUUUCUGUUUUCUAGGUGAUGUAGCAGUAGGCGGUGUUUAAUAUCCAGCUGCAUUCAGCCUCCCUGUCCUACUCAUUACCGUUUAGUCCUGCUGGGACUUUACAGCCUCGUUUAGCCAGAUUCUAUUCACAUAUAUGUGUAAACUUAUAUAUCCAAUAAUCUUUUUUUCUUUUUAAUGUUAGAAUUUACACGUGGAUCUUGUCCAAGUUGAACAGACGUGCUUGUAGUGGUUUAGUUUGAUGGCUAUUGCAGUGCCUUGAGUUUUUAUUCCGAUGCUGAGACAAGCCUGGUCAGUUGUUUACCCCUCUUUCAGGUUUUUUCUCUUACCUGCCUUCAAAGAUGCCUUCAUACCAUAAUCAGGUAAAUCCACCUGAGAGCAGCUGAAGGGCAUUUCCUAAUGACAUAUUUUUUCUUUAUUCAGACUUGCGGGCUGUGAAAGCCGCACCCAUUCCCUUGUCGUUGUCUUAUUACACCAGUCGUGCACUUUCCCUAAUGGUUAAGUCCAAGUUCGCCACACGAUAGUCUUAAAUGUCGCCACAUUCCUGCGUGCCUCAAGCACCGGUUUCCACAAACUCGACCACUAAAGUCUUGGGCCGUGAACAGAUGAGCUCUGUUUCUAUUUUUGUAAAAGAUUCUUAUGCAUGACUUAACUAAGCUUCAUGUAGCUGCAGACGGUUUUUGCUGUUAAGGACCAAAGUGUGUUCUCCCCCUGCUGUUGUGAUUUCAUUGAGGGUUGUUUUUUAUUUUAUCUACAGCGACACAAGGUUCAAGAUGAAUUUUCUGUUGCAAGUCACACCUACUUCAGUGUAGCGCCUUAUACUGUAUUGUUUUUGUUCCAGUUGCAGAGCCGUCUUUGGUAGUCGCUUUAGAAUCAACAUGUAAUUGAACACAGUCCUAGCUGUGUAGAAGAUUAUACACCUCUAAAUGUUGUUGAAAGCUUUUACUUUUUUCCUUUUUAUACGGGGGUGGGGUGGGCUUGUAUGAGGCGGGGUUGAUGAUUGUAUAUAUUCAUGGUUUUGUACCACAGAAUGAUUUGGAUUAUAUUCACUUUACGUUCAGAACAUGUAUAUUUUGAUAAACAGUGCAGACAUGUUAAGCUCUUCUGGGCUGUAAACGCAUAAAGAUCUUUUGUAACACAAAGAUAUUAAACCUAUCUGAACACACACGUGACUCUGUAUGUGCCCCACCCCUCUUUAUUUUGCCAUUCUUGUCUUUUGCAUUUUCUGCUUCCUUCAAUAAAUCUUUAGUUUGUUCCUUCCUUCA